AUGGUAAGGCUUCCUCUUCGUACAAAUUGUGAAAGGAUGCAAUCUUCUCCGUGGUCAGGCAUAGGCAGUAUCCUCACGGUGUCCGUUCUACCAUGCCUAUUUGAGAUCCAGGAAUUAUGCUUUUGGAGAAUCCAUCCAGUCGGAACUCCUGGCCCUCCCAUUCCCGCAUUAAAAUUAAAAGCACAUGAUGGUUUAUAUCGACUCAGUCAAAGUCGAAUGCAACCUCUAGCAACCGCGGAUAUGGUCUCUGGAUACCCUGCAAAUACAGCCUCGAAUUUAUGGACAUUAUCAAAAGAUUAUGGUGCUCAGAAUCGGUCCGCUUAUCUGCAGCCGUCAAUUGUCUCCCUUUUGGCGACUUUGAAAAAGAGAACAUCCGGGUUAGCAAUACUCAAGGAACCGCUGAAGGGAAUCAGGACACAUCCCCCGACUCGCUGA